GUGAUAUCACGUGGUCGAGUUGUCAACAUGUGUAAACGCUUCAGUUGAUAUCUUAAGUAUUUUUUUUCAGGUAAAAUUUAAAUGAUUAAAACUGGCGCACCAAGAAAUUGAGCAUUAUUAAACACAUUACUAAACUUAUUGUCACGAUUAUACUUUAGGAUUUUACCUUAAACUGUGCUGGACUUGUUAAAAUAACUACUUUAAUCUGUGUGAAGAUUUCCUGAUUGUGUUUAUUAUUUUUUAGGGUAGUAACGUGUACCGGUGCUGAAUCAGCUACCCUGACACUUGAUAUCUAAAUGCGGACGUAACAUAGCAGUAACGAAAUCAACGUUAACGUAUCAUCAACUUAAACGUAGCAUCAAUUGGGGAGUAGAAUGUAGCAACGACCAUUCCGUCAUAAAAACCAGCUUUACUACAAUACUUCCUUUUUUCAUAAGAGACCUUUAAUUCAUUAUGGCAACAUUCAAAAUGUGGCGCCACUCAAAAUAUAUACGUUCAUGCAAAUAUAUUAUCCGAGGAUGUAUUAUAAUUACAAUCGUUUGUGUCAUUAUUGAGUUGCUUUUCAUAAACACUCUGAUUUUAUUUUCGUUAAUGCAAGUAAAACAUCUGAUCAAUGAUUUUUCAUCAUCACAUCUAUCAAUUAUUGCAACUCUUGCCAGAUACAACUCUUUCAGACACAUUGUCGCCCAAGGAAAGGACGAAGGAUUUAAAUAUCUCAUUGACAACACUAUUGCGAGGAUUUAUAUGGAGCAUGAAUCAGAAAACUGUGGAAAAACAAUCAGCAGACUGGGGUUUGAUGUAUCUAGCGCAGGUGAAUUUCUCUUCAUAUUAGAACAGAUGCAACGUCAGAAAGCCGAGCCAUGGAAAAAGCUAGUUGUCGAAAUCGGAGCAAAUGAUGGCCUGCUGUCCAGCAAUUCGUAUAACUUCAUACAAAUGGGUUGGAGUGCCAUUCUAGUAGAACCUCAGAGAGACCAGCUGGAUUUAGCGAAGAAAAACCAUGACGGACUGACCAACCAGCACCAAGACCAGAGUGUGCACUAUGUUCAUGCUGUGAUAAGUGAUCAUGAUGGCCAAGAAAAACUUCAUGUGUCAGCAGAUUUGUUUUCUAUGCAAAGCUGA